ACGGUGGUGGAAGUGAGACGUAACCUUUGCAUUCCUACUUUUUUGUCAAACGCUUAAGUUUAAACUUCAGCCUAGUAAUAUGGCUGGAAAUUCCGACUCGGCUGACCUUAUAGACCCUGGAGCGCGGGCUGAAAAGCCUCCAGAAGAACAAAUGCCAACGGAUUCCCAAAUCCAACAAUUCUGUGAGGAAGAGUUCACAAUUACUGAUGAUUCAACUCGAGCAACAAAGAGCUCAUCAUUACUAUGCAAUGCUGGAACUGGAAGGAAACGCAAAGGCCCCACGCAUUCUAGUGAGGGAAGUGACCAAAGUUUGCCCAAUGGGAGCAGCUUACACAAGCGCCCAAAUAUUCAGAGAAGGUAUUCUAAACCAGCUGAAAAAACUGUAAAUCAGGAAGAUCAAACUUGCACCCAGGAAAAUGGAAACAAAGCAGAUGAUGCCAACAUUAGAGUAAUACUUAUCCGACCAGCAAAUGAAGAUGCAAAAAAGAUGUUGACUUCUCCUGAACAGCUAUGCCUAGCUUUUGAAGCACCACCAUUCAAAGCCCUGAAUAUCGCAGAUAUUAGAGUGAACCGUCGUAAAGGAGUCGUUGCUGUUGAACUAGAAGAAUUUGAUGAAGCAACUAUCAAUUCAUUGCUGCAGUUGACUCAACUAGGUAAUUGGCCAGUGACAUGUACCCAGCCUAAUAGGGGUAAAUUUACAUAUGGAGUCAUUGGUCCUAUUGACAUUCAAUCUGAUGUUAGCACUCUUGAAAGGAGAGUAGAUACUUGUGGUACAAGUAAACUUGUGAAGUUAGAGAGGCUAAGCAGAAUAGUGGAAGGGGAAAGAGUACCAUCUACCUCAGUUCGUGUUGUGUUUGAGGGACAUAAUCUGCCAAAAAGAAUCAAGAUUGGCUACCUAUCCUAUUCAGUUCGUGCCUAUGAAUUCUCCCCACCGCAGUGCUAUAACUGCCAAAGAUUGGGGCAUUCUGCAAGUGGAUGCACGUCCAAGAUGAGAUGCCUCGUCUGCUCUGGAGAACAUCACUAUAGCACAUGCACAAGUAGAGCCCCCAAGUGUGCUAACUGCAAUGGACCUCACAAAGCUAACUUUCCGGAUUGUCCGCGGGCUCCAAGGCGUACGGAACGGGACAGAAAAGACUCCUCCAAGG